GAAGCCGCAAGAAGCUCAGUACUCCUGGAUGGUUGAAAUCUUGACGAGCAGCAUCAGUCGAGCAGUGCAGCAGGAGCCAUGUCUCUGCCCUUCCGAAAAGAGUUGGAGAAAUAUAAGAAUAUCAAUGAAGAUGAAAUACUCAGCAAACUCUCAGAGGAUGAACUGAAACAGCUGGAGCAUGUUCUCGAUGACCUUGAUCCUGAGAACGCCUUGCUUCCAGCGGGAUUUCGGCAAAAGGACCAGACCACUAAACCUGCCACGGGCCCUUUCGACAGAGAACGCCUGCUCUCGUACUUGGAGAAGCAAGCACUUGAGCACAAAGACAGGGAAGACUUUGUACCAUUUACAGGGGAAAAGAAAGGAAAAAUAUUUAUCCCUAAAGAAAAGCCCAUAGAAACCCGUACAGAAGAGAAAGUGACCCUGGAUCCGGAACUAGAAGAAGCCCUGGCCAGUGCUUCAGAUACUGAGCUCUAUGACCUUGCAGCUGUUCUUGGAGUGCACAACAUGGUCAACAACCCAAAAUUUGAUGAAGGAGGAGCCCGCAGUAAAGAUGGAAAAGGAACUGUGAGAAAUGUGGUGAAAGGUGAAAAGGUCAAGCCCAUCUUUGAGGAGCCACCUAAUCCGACCAACGUGGAAGCAAGUUUACAAAGGAUAAAAGCAAAUGAUCCUAGUCUCAUAGAAAUUAAUCUCAACAACAUAAAGAAUAUUCCUAUUCCAACACUGAAAGAAUUUGCAAAAGCUUUGGAAAGCAACACACAUGUGAAGACAUUCAGCCUUGCCGCUACUCGAAGCAAUGACCCUGUAGCUAUUGCAUUUGCAGAUAUGUUGAAAGUGAACAAAACACUGAAGAGUCUGAAUGUAGAAUCCAACUUCAUCACUGGGACGGGUAUUUUGGCACUGAUUGAUGCACUGAAAGAGAAUGAAUCCCUUACAGAGAUUAAAAUUGACAACCAGAGGCAGCAGCUGGGGACAGCUGUAGAGAUGGAGAUUGCCAAGAUGCUGGAGGAGAACUCCAAGAUUCUCAAGUUUGGGUACCAGUUCACAAAGCAAGGUCCAAGAACCAGGGUAGCAGCAGCUAUCACUAAAAACAAUGAUCUGGUUCGUAAAAAGCGAGUGGAAGGAGAGCGGCAAUAGCCACACCAUAGAGGAUGCAAGGCAAGACUGGAGACCACCAACAACUGCAAUCUCAGAGUGUUCACUGGUCAGAAGGGAAGGCACUGGAAAACCAUUACAAUGGGAGUUGCUAAUUUCUGUUAUUGUCUCCUUUUAACCUUGAAAACACAGUCUGUUCAUUUUUAACUUUCACGGUUAAUUUAAUUUUUAUGAGAAAGAUUCACAGUUGUUUGAUUUUAAUGAAAAAAAUGUUUUGCAAUAUCUGAAGCCAAUACACAGAAUCUUAAGUGUGUUACUGAGCAUAACAUAUAGUGACAUUGACCCUUAUUUUAGACACUUUUUGAUAUGUUAAAAUAUGAUCUUGUGUAUGGAUAAGGGAUUCUCUGCUGAAAAUAGAAAUUUUAGGGCCAAGUUCUGCAAUGCCUUAUGUUUGUGAAUAAUCCUUACUUAUAUGUGUAUAGUCCUGCCGAACUGAAUCCUGCAAUGGGAUGCUCCGAGGAGUAGAACUAGUAACGCCAGUAUAGGUUUGGAGGAUCACACCCUUGAGCCUCUCUCCCGCAGCAGGACCUGGGCAGCUGGAACAGCAUUGGAACAGCACCCUUCUACCUUCUUGGGUCUCCACCCAUCCAGGUUCAAGAGCAGGAUCACGCCUAGAUGUAUAAACAUUGUCAAAGCCUACUUGUUUACAUAAGCUUAGGUUAGGUGGAUCAUUUCGCAAUGUUACACUGAUAUUUGUUAUCCUUUCUUCACAUUGUAAAGUAAUAUUAGUGCUGCCAAUCCUAUAGAGUUUGAAUGUUUUGGGUUUUUUUCUAGGCCAACAGGUUUUUAUUUGCUACUAGAAUGCACAGUUUACAGCUAUUAAUCUUAAUCUAAACAAGUAUUCUGAGCAGUAUUUGUUUUGCU